AUGGAAAAAAUUAAGGCCGUGCUUUCCAACACGGAGCAAGAGAAAAGAAUCUCCUCCGAUAACGGCGAUGAGAUCGGUCUUACCGUGUCCAAGUCGCAAGAGUUCGAUCCAACCGAUAACGCUAUUGCCGCAAAGCUCUCUAACGAUGAGUAUGCAGCUGUUACCGUCGAUGACGACUCUCCAUACCCUGAGGUGAGAGCCUCUGUUCCUUCCACCGAUGAUCCUACUAUCCCACAAAACACCAUCCGUAUGUGGGUUAUUGGUUUCCUUUUAACCACUUUGGGUUGUGGUAUGAAUAUGCUUUUCUCCAUGCACUCGCCAUCUUUCUCUAUCACCACUUAUGUUACAUCUGUGUUGGCUUAUCCUAUCGGUAAGGCUUGGGAAAAGGUCAUGCCAAACGUUUCUGUUUUCGGUAUGCCUUUGAACCCUGGUCCUUUCAACCUUAAGGAGCACACCAUUAUCACCAUUAUGGGUUCUGUCUCUUUUGGUGGUGGUGCUGCUUACGCUACUGAUAUCCUUUUGGCUCAGAACAAGUUCUACGGCUCUGACUUCGGUGUUGGUUUCGCCAUCUGUGCCAUCUGGUCUACCCAGAUUAUUGGUUUCUCAUUGGCUGGUAUGGCUCGUAAGGUCUUGGUUGAGGCUCCAUCUGCUAUCUGGCCAUCGAACUUGGUCAGUGCUACUUUCUUGACCAACAUGCAUAUCAACCAGAACCACGAGGCUAACGGAUGGAGAAUCUCCAGAUUUGCUUUCUUCGCUUUGAUUUUCACCGCCAACUUCCUCUGGUACUUCUUCCCAGGUUACAUUUUCACCGCCUUGUCUUACUUUGCUUGGCCAACCUGGAUUGCUCCAAACAACGUGAAGGUCAACCAGGUGUUUGGUGCUUCUUCCGGUAUGGGUUUGUUCCCAGUCACCUUUGACUGGAACCAGAUUGCUGGUUACAUUGGUUCUCCAUUGAUUCCACCAGCAUCGACCAUUCUUACCAUCUUCUCGUCUAUCGUGAUUAUUUUCUGGAUCGUUGUUCCUGCCAUCUACUACACCAACACUUGGUACUCCAAGUACUUGCCAUUCUCUGACUCUGGUUCUUACGACAGAUAUCAGCAGAGUUACAACGUUUCUAGAAUUGUUGACAAGAAGACUUUGACCUUCAACGAAGAGGAGUACAAGAACUACUCUCCAUUGUUCAUCUCUUCUACCUUUGCUAUCUCUUACGGUUUGUCUUUCGCCUCCAUUAUUGCUACUUUGGUUCACACUGUGUUAUUCCACGGUAAGGACAUCAUCAACCAGAUCAAGCAGAAGGAGAAGCCAGAUGUCCAUCUUCGUUUGAUGAGACAGAACUACAGAAACAUUCCUGAGUGGUGGUACGGUAUUGUGUUCCUUUGUGCCUUUGCCCUCUCCAUCGUCACCAUCAGAUACUGGAACACCGAGAUGCCUGUUUGGUCCUUAAUCGUCGCUCUUAUCAUCGCCAUUGUCUUCUUGUUGCCCGUCGGUAUUAUUUACUCGUUGACCAACAUCGCAGUGGGAUUGAACGUCGUUACCGAGUUCAUUAUCGGUUACAUGAUUCCAGGUAAGCCAUUGGCCAUGAUGUUCUUCAAGACCUUCGGUUACAUCACCAACAACCAGGCUGUUACUUUCGCCCAGGACAUGAAGUUGGGUCACUACAUGAAGGUGUCUCCACGUCUUUUGUUCAGUGCCCAGUUGUUGGCUACCCUUUGGGGUUCCCUUGUCCAGAUUGGUGUUUUGAGAUGGUCUUACGGUGCCAUUGACAACUUGUGUGUUAGAGGUCAGUCCAGUGGAUACACCUGUCCUAACGGUAGAGUGUUCUUCAACGCCUCUGUUAUUUGGGGUGCCAUUGGUCCAAAGAGAGUGUUCGGUGAUGGUGCUGUCUACCACCAAACUCUUUUCUUUUUCCUUUUGGGAUUGUUGCCUAUUGUUAACUGGUUGAUUUUGAAGAAAUGGCCAAACUCUAAGAUUAGAUGGUUGAACUGGCCUGUUUUCUUCUCCGGUACCGGUUACAUUCCUCCAGCUACCCCAUACAACUACUCUACUUACUGUAUUGUCGGUAUGUUCUUCGGUGUCUUCGUCAAGAAGAGAUUUACUCACUGGUGGUUUAAGUACAACUAUUCGCUUUCGGCCGGUUUGGAUAUCGGAUUGGCCUACUCGUUGAUGAUCAUUUUCUUGUGUUUGCAGUUGACAAACACAAACUUCCCAAGCUGGUGGGGUAAUGAUGUCGUGAACUCUACUCUCGACACCAACUACGGAACCAUCUCCAUCCUUCUUAACGAGGGUGAGUCUUUCGGCCCAAGCAGCUGGUAA